AUGGCUCCGACCAACGAGCAGGUUUGCUCAAGUGGCUUCAAGUGCCUUCUUAUACGUUUGGACGAAGAUACCCGUCGAAAAUACUGCUGUGAAGCAAUAGAAGAAGACCUUCAACAUGUCAAAGAUCAGAUGCGAGCAUGUAAGACUGCCAUGGCGGAAGUAAAGCAGAUACAGGACGCGACGCUCAAGCUGCACGCUACUCAACGUGCCGUCGUGUCCAGCGAACUACUGUUCGAGUUAGAAACGCUACAAACACGAUUAGAAACGUCCCUAAGUAAGUUGUAUAAGCCACACAAAAGCUUGUUAACUACGGCUGACGCAAGCAACGAAGUUGAAGUCUCGGACACGAUGGAAAUCAAACAGGCCAAGACAAUCUCAAGACAAAUAUUGCAGACUCAGGAUAUAAAGACUGUAGUAAAUGGGCUUAGGCAGUUACAGCGAUUGAUGCCCAUACUGGCGGAAGAAGACGAGAAAAAGAAGAAAACGCGGUGGAAGAAAUGUUUGCUUAAAGUUGAGGCUCAUGCGAUUAAAUUGCUGCAAACUGAUAAAACCGAGCGCAAGUUGGUGAUACGACUCGAGAGGACGCUUCAAAAGAUUGAGAACAAGUGUCCAGAACUCAAGCAAUGGCAUUUAAACGUGCACACCCAAAUUGCUGCCAAGGCAAAGUUGACGCCUGCUAUGAACGUAAAGAAUAAAAAGAAGCGGACAAGUUUGCUUUCUGAUGUUGGCGAGAUGGCUACGAGAAGCAGUAUCCUGUCCACGGGACAGCUGAACGCUAAAUUUUGUAGCAAUGAAGAGAAGAAAAAAGGCCAAUCUGCUGAAAACGCUCGAGCUCUGCUGCAACGCUGCUCCCGUGAGGUACGCACGUUGCGUGACAAGUUUGAGCUGGGCGCAUAUGACGUCAAUUUGAGUCGGCUUGUCACGAUUGUAGACUCACUGUGGUUAGAAUUUGAGCAUUCAGAAGUUAUUCUACUAACCACGGCGUUAUUCACGCUGGUGGAGACUGUGGAAAAGGUAGUAAAUCAGGUUAAGCGCCGAGACCGCCUGGUGUGCCUUGAAAGCGUACUUGGCGUUGUGUUGGGCUGUUCAAAGCUGCAUUUGACAACGCGGCGGAAAAUGAUGGUCGAAGAAUAUGCCAACAACUGCCGUCAAUCCCUAGAGCAGCUGAAUCGCCGGAUGAAUAGUGGCGAAUCAACUGGUGCUAGCCACGACACCAGACAAGCGUCUACAAAAGAAACAAUCUCAGUAGUUGCGAGCAAACAUGUCCCGAAAGCAAAGAAGACUGCUACUUCGGAAGCGUGGUCUAAAUCGCAUGUGCGAUUUGGCUAG